UUCAAUAUUCUUAGAUAUUUACAAAAAAUUUAUAAAAAUGUUCAAAUACUGUAUUGUUGUUAUUGCUGUAAUUGCAUCAACCUUUGCAAAACCACAAAUUUUAGCUACUAGUAGCCAAGUUGUACAUCGUAGUUUUCAUGGUGUUGCUGCACCAUAUGUUGCAGCCCGUUAUGUUGCAGCCCCAUAUGUUGCUGCUGCCGCUCCAUAUGUAGCUGCUGCGGCUGCUCCUGCUCGUAUUGUUGCUUCAGCUCCAAUUGUUGCUGCUUCAGCUCCUGUUGUUGCCGCUCCCGCUCCAGUUGUUGCCGCUCCAGCUCCAGUUGUUGCUGCACCAGCUCCUGUUGCCCGUUACGCUGUAGCACCAGCAAUAGGUACUCAAUUUGCAUAUUCAAGCCCAUAUGUAAAUGCCGCAUCAUAUGUAUUUUGA